CUAACAGCACAGUUUUAGUACUUUUAUUCCUUAAACGAAUACAAAAAUGGCAUCCACACUUGCUGGUAAAUACGAAUAUAAGUCUCAUGAAAAAUUGGUAGAAUUUUACAAGACAUGGCAUCUUCCCGAAAGUGCAAUUGAGAAACUUGUACCAAAAGCUGGAACAACAAGAGAAAUUAGCGUUGACGGUAAUAAAAUUACACUUGAUGGUGGACAACCAUUGACUUUGGAUUCCGAAGUUGACGAAACUAUUAACAACUACCCUGUAAAGAGUACAGCGAAAAUGGAAGGUAACACAUUAAUCGUACACAGCAAAAGUGUUAAACACGAGGGAAAUGUUUUAAUUCGAUCCUACAGUGCUGAUGAAAACUUAUUAACGAUUGCAAUGAAGGAAAUAAAUUGGCUACGAGACAACAAAAAAUCAGAUUGCCCAAGAAGAUUCCGCGCAGAAAGUUGCCCACGGAGAAAAUUUACACCGAAUAAUUGUCCAUGGAGUAAAAAUUCACCGAAAGAAGAUUUCAAAGAAAAAAAUCAAAUAAACCCCUAAUUUUAUACAAAAUUUGAUAAUUGUCGACAUGAUCUGAUAUACUUGAGAUAUAUUUUAG